UCCUGGUACGGUACUGCGGUUUACAUCUGGAAGUAUAAAGUUUCGUUCCCGUGCAACUCGCUUGAAGCCGGCUCACUAGUGUACUGCUCGACUGCGAAGCAUGCCGACUAUGUUUUUCACUUUGAUCGCACUGAGCCUUAUGGCUGCUGAUGUUUCAGCAUCUAGAAUGGGCUUCAUGUUAACUGCACCAAAAAUUCUUCAGUCCAACUCUACAGAAAAGCUGUGCAUAACAUUCCAUGAAAUCAGCUUUGAUCUUACAGUUACAGCUAUGUUGGAAAAUAGCCCAGUUAUAACUGAAGAACUUUUUGAAUCAGGUAAGGGUGGGUGCUUUGAUUUCCAUGUGCCUUACAUGACAGUGGACGAAGAUUCACUUUCAGUGAUAGUAGAGCAGUAUGGCACAGUGCCCCCUGACCAGACUCCGUACAAAGCCAAUGCCACACAGAAAGUAAAAAUCAACAGGAUGAACCUGAUGACCUUCAUCCAAACUGAUAAGCCCAUUUAUAAGCCUGGAGACAGAGUGAAGUUCAGAAUCCUCAGUGUUGAUUCAAACUUGAAACCAAGGCUAGGUGAAAUUCCCAAAAUAUAUGUGCAAGACCCUUCUGGUGUGCGUGUUGCUCAGUGGCUUGAGGUGGAGACACAGAAAGGGCUGGGCAGUUUGGAACUAGCACUUUCUAAGGAACCUGCUCUUGGAGAUUGGAAAAUAACUGCUGAAAUUGACAAGAAGAAAGAGGAACAAACAUUUGAAGUUAAAGAAUAUGUUUUGCCCAAAUAUGAGGUGAAAAUUAAGCCACCCUCUUUUGUGAGAGUUGAUGAUAAAGAAAUCAAAGGAGAAAUCUGUGCACAUUACACCUAUGGAAAGCCUGUUAAAGGAGAGCUAGUUGCAGAGUUUUGUGUCAAAAUAAGGUAUACCUCUUCUGUCAGGCCAUGUGCUAUCUUGGUGGAUGAGAUUAAUGGUUGUCAACCAUUUACUAUCCAAGCUUCCACUCUUAAGCUGACAAACAGCACCUAUUCCAUAUAUGAUGCCAAGUUACAGGUGGUUGCCAGGGUAACAGAGGAAGCAACAGGUGUCAUCUUGAAUGAAACCAAUGAUGAUGCAAAGAUUGAAACUACACCAUUUAAAAUUGAGAUCAGAGAACACUCUCCAGAUACAUAUAAACCAGGUCUCAAAUACCAUGGAAAGAUAGUAGUAAAGAAGCCAGAUGGAGCCCCUGCCCCUGGUGAGUUGAUCCAAGUUGGCAUAGACANUUAUUUCAAUUGUUUCAGUUACACCUAUGGAAAGCCUGUUAAAGGAGAGCUAGUUGCAGAGUUUUGUGUCAAAAUAAGGUAUACCUCUUCUGUCAGGCCAUGUGCUAUCUUGGUGGAUGAGAUUAAUGGUUGUCAACCAUUUACUAUCCAAGCUUCCACUCUUAAGCUGACAAACAGCACCUAUUCCAUAUAUGAUGCCAAGUUACAGGUGGUUGCCAGGGUAACAGAGGAAGCAACAGGUGUCAUCUUGAAUGAAACCAAUGAUGAUGCAAAGAUUGAAAAUACACCAUUUAAGAUUGAGAUCAGAGAGCACUCUCCAGAUACAUAUAAACCAGGUCUCAAAUACCAUGGAAAGAUAGUAGUAAAGAAGCCAGAUGGAGCCCCUGCCCCUGGUGAGUUGAUCCAAGUUGGCAUAGAUAGCUGGCAAUCUGAGAAAGACUUCAGACAGAAUUACACCUCAGACAAGAAUGGAGAAAUCUUUUUCACUAUGCCGCCUUUUGAGAAACAGUUGCCUUCUAUCAAGAUAGUGGCUAGUGCCCCAGACUAUCCAUACUAUUAUGACAGACAGGUUCACCAGGUCUAUGCACAGCAGGCAUAUCACAGCAUCCAACAGUGGUAUUCACCAACUGGGAGAUUCAUGCAGAUUGAACCUAUAAGGGAAGUGGUCAAAUGUGGAUCCACUCUGAAAGUUAAUGUGACUUAUACCACAGAAGCCAACACUGAGCUGAAGUUUUAUUAUGAGAUCUUGUCAAGAGGAAACAUCCUUGAAAGUGGACACAAGCGUCACCAUUUCAAAAUACAUGAUUACAUGGAACCUCUCAAUGAUGAACCAGUUGGAGAAGACCUUGUAGAGAUGGAAGGGGAAAUUGCUCCGGGCUUUGAGGGCAUGGAAGGAGCUGAGGAACCAGAGAUGCCUGUGGAAGAGGAGGUUAUCAUACCAGAGAUUGCUAUUCCAUAUGGAGAUGAUAUGAUGACUGGCCCACCCAUUCCUCCAACUACGUCAGUACCAACCACAUCCAAACCCAACCAGCCAAACCAGGUAGAGCUUCCAGGUCAUGUUAGUGCUGUACAUUUUGAGUUUCCUGUUACUCCCCAGAUGUCGCCACUUACCAGAAUCCUCAUCUAUUAUGUUAGAGAGGAUGGGGAAGUUGUAUCUGACAGUACAGAGGUCAAGGUGCAGCAUUGCUGGGACAAUAAGGUGGAGCUUGGGUUCUCAGAUGAAGAACGUCUACCAGGAGAAGACACUACCCUGGAGUUGAAGGCAAGCCCUCAGUCCCUGUGUGCUAUUGGGGCAGUGGACAAAAGUGUCCAUCUUCUCAGGUCUUCUAAUCAACUGGACUCAGGCAAGAUUUUUGAAUUAUUGAAGGGUUAUGACAUAAAUAUUAAUAACGGAGGUGAUGGAUCUUCAGACUACUGUGAAAAGAAGAGGCGUUUUGAAGAGAAGGAGUCACCUAGCCGUCUGCUUAUGGAUGCCCCCAGACCUCCCUCUCCCUUCUGGAGUCUGCCUGGUCCUCCAGGAGAAAGGAAAAAGAGAUCAAUUGCACCCUGGUUUUUCCCACAAUCAGAAUAUUAUGAUGCCAUCCGGGCUUUUCAGACGGCUGGUAUGGUAGUGUUGACAGACCUUACAGUUGAAACCAGACCUUGUUCUUCCUACAGACCAUAUCCUGCUAUUUACUGGAGAGGAUUAGGAGGACCUAUGCUUGUGGAGGAGGAUGCUCCAGUUGCAUUCAUGCAAGUAGAUGUAAAUGCACCUCCAGAUCAAGAAUCUAAUAGCAAGGAAAAGUCAGGAAUUCAGAAUACUCCAACUUUGCGAAACUAUUUCCCAGAAACCUGGCUAUGGGACCUUGAAAUUGUUGGGGAAUCUGGUAAGCUGGAAAAGAAGCAGACCAUGCCCCACACCGUCACUGAAUGGGUGGGCAGUGCUUUCUGUACUAACACAGAAACUGGCCUAGGGGUGGCACCACCAGCAACCAUCAAGACAUUCCAGCCAUUCUUCGUCUCCUUUAAUCUGCCCUAUUCUGUUAUUCGUAAAGAGAAAGUGCCACUCAAGCUUUCAGUCUUCAACUACUUGGAGGAAUGCUUAACUAUUCAACUAACUUUGAAGAAUUCUCCCUCCUUUGUGGUAUUCGGAGAGAAAACUGCCAAACUGUGUGUCUGUGGAAACGAAGUGAAGACCCACACUUACAAGAUAGUGGCUACCAAGCUGGGGAACAUCAACAUUACUGUCAAGGCUGUUUCAACGGAUGAAGCUGGAGUAUGUGGAAAUAAUGUACAGAUGAGUUCUAAGUAUAUUGAUGUGCAGGAUGCAGUUGAACGACAAUUAUUAGUGGAGGCUGAAGGAGCAGAGGAGGAAUACACUUACAGCUCAUUUUUCUGUCCUAAAGAUGCACCAUUUAGUGAUGAAGUUGACCUCACAUUGCCGAAAAACCUGGUUCCUGACUCGGCACGUGCCAGAGUCACAUUGACUGGUGAUCUGAUGGGUCCAUCCCUAACUGGUCUGGACAGCCUGGUCAAGAUGCCCUAUGGCUGUGGAGAACAGAACAUGGUGGGCUUUGUGCCAAACAUUGUGGUAAUGCAAUACCUGAGCAGCACAAACCAACUCACGCCUGAGAUAGAAACCAAAGCCAAGGAAUACAUGAAAGCUGGUUACCAAAGAGAACUGAAUUACAAGCAUGCUGAUGGCUCAUAUAGCGCCUUUGGUAAAAAUGAUAAGUCAGGCAGCACUUGGUUAACAGCUUUUGUUCUCAAGUCUUUUGCCCAAGCCAGGAAAUACAUAUUCAUUGAUGAAAAAGAGCUUGAACAGACCAUUGGAUGGCUCAGACAACAACAAAUGAACAAUGGCUGUUUCCGUAAAGUUGGAAAGUUGUUUUCGAAGAGCAUGGCAGGUGGAGUAGAGAGCAGUACAGACCCCACCACUAGUCUGUCUGCCUAUGUUCUCAUGGCAUUGCUGGAAACUGGCCUGGAGAAAACAAUCUUGUCAAGAGGAAACAUCCUUGAAAGUGGACACAAGCGUCACCAUUUCAAAAUACAUGAUUACAUGGAACCUCUCAAUGAUGAACCAGUUGGAGAAGACCUUGUAGAGAUGGAAGGGGAAAUUGCUCCGGGCUUUGAGGGCAUGGAAGGAGCUGAGGAACCAGAAGUGCCUGUGGUAGAGGAGGAAAUCAUACCCGAGAUUGCUAUUCCAUAUGGAGAUGAUAUGAUGACUGGCCCACCCAUUCCUCCAACUAUGUCAGUACCAACCACAUCCAAACCCAACCAGCCAAACCAGGUAGAGCUUCCAGGUCAUGUUAGUGCUGUACACUUUGAGUUUCCUGUUACUCCCCAGAUGUCGCCACUUACCAGGAUCCUCAUCUAUUAUGUUAGAGAGGAUGGGGAAGUUGUAUCUGACAGUACAGAGGUCAAGGUGCAGCAUUGCUGGGACAAUAAGGUGGAGCUUGGGUUCUCAGAUGAAGAACGUCUACCAGGAGAAGACACUACCCUGGAGUUGAAGGCCAGCCCUCAGUCCCUGUGUGCUAUUGGGGCAGUGGACAAAAGUGUCCAUCUUCUCAGGUCUUCUAAUCAACUGGACUCAGGCAAGAUUUUUGAAUUAUUGAAGGGUUAUGACAUAAAUAUUAAUAACGGAGGUGAUGGAUCUUCAGACUACUGUGAAAAGAAGAGGCGUUUUGAAGAGAAGGAGUCACCUAGCCGUCUGCUUAUGGAUGCCCCCAGACCUCCCUCUCCCUUCUGGAGUCUGCCUGGUCCUCCAGGAGAAAGGAGAAAGAGAUCAAUUGCACCCUGGUUUUUCCCACAAUCAGAAUAUUAUGAUGCCAUCCGGGCUUUUCAGACGGCUGGUAUGGUAGUGUUGACAGACCUUACAGUUGAAACCAGACCUUGUUCUUCCUACAGACCAUAUCCUGCUAUUUACUGGAGAGGAUUAGGAGGACCUAUGCUUGUGGAGGAGGAUGCUCCAGUUGCAUUCAUGCAAGUAGAUGUAAAUGCACCUACAGGUCAAGACUCUAAUAGCAAGGAUGAGUCAAGAAUUCAGAAUACUCCAACUUUGCGAAACUAUUUCCCAGAAACCUGGCUAUGGGACCUUGAAACUGUUGGGGAAUCAGGUAAGCUGGAAAAGAAGCAGACCAUGCCCCACACCGUCACUGAAUGGGUGGGCAGUGCUUUCUGUACUAACACAGAAACUGGCCUAGGGGUGGCAUCACCAGCAACCAUCAAGACAUUCCAGCCAUUCUUUGUCUCCUUCAAUCUGCCCUAUUCUGUUAUUCGUAAAGAGAAAGUGCCACUCAAGCUUUCAGUCUUCAACUACUUGGAGGAAUGCUUAACUAUCCAACUCACUUUGAAGAAUUCUCCCUCCUUUGUGGUAUUUGGGGAAAAAACUGCCAAACUGUGUGUCUGUGGAAACGAAGUGAAGACCCACACUUACAAAAUAGUGGCUACCAAGCUGGGGAACAUCAACAUUACUGUCAAGGCUGUUUCAACAGAUGAAGCUGGAGUAUGUGGAAAUAAUGUACAGAUGAGUUCUAAGUAUAUUGAUGUGCAGGAUGCAGUUGAACGACAAUUAUUAGUGGAGGCUGAAGGAGCAGAGGAGGAAUACACUUACAGCUCAUUUUUUUGUCCUAAAGAUGCACCAUUUAGUGAUGAAGUUGACCUCACGUUGCCGAAAAACCUGGUUCCUGACUCGGCACGUGCCAGAGUCACAUUGACUGGUGAUCUGAUGGGUCCAUCCCUGACUGGUCUGGACAGCCUGGUCAAGAUGCCCUAUGGCUGUGGAGAACAGAACAUGGUGGGCUUUGUGCCAAACAUUGUGGUAAUGCAAUACCUGAGCAGUACAAACCAACUCACACAUGAGAUAGAAACCAAAGCCAAGGAAUACAUGAAAGCUGGUUACCAAAGAGAACUGAAUUACAAGCACGCUGAUGGCUCAUAUAGCGCCUUUGGUAAAAAUGAUAAGUCAGGCAGCACUUGGUUAACAGCUUUUGUUCUCAAGUCUUUUGCCCAAGCCAGGAAAUACAUAUUCAUUGAUGAAAAAGAGCUUGAACAGACCAUUGGAUGGCUCAGACAACAACAAAUGAACAAUGGCUGUUUCCGUAAAGUUGGGAAGUUGUUUUCGAAGAGCAUGGCAGGUGGAGUAGAGAGCAGUACAGACCCCACCACUAGUCUGUCUGCCUAUGUACUCAUGGCAUUGUUGGAAACUGGCCUGGAGAAAACAGAUCCUUCCAUACAGGGUGCCCUCCACUGUUUAGAGAACAGAGAUAUCACAGAUACCUACACAGUGGCCAUUAUGGCAUAUGCCUACACAUUGUAUUAUAAUGAUGAUCUAGAUAACCCUCUUAGACAGAACUUCAUGAAGAAGUUACACUCCAAGAAAAUUGAAGAGAGUGGAAUGGUCCAAUGGAAUCGUGAAAAAGCUCCAGCAAAACCCCCGAAUGAUGAUGGCUGGUUCAGCCCCUUCUGGCAAGCCCAGUCAACAGAGGUGGAGAUGACUGCCUAUGCUCUAAUGGCCUAUAGUGUGGGAGGACAGACAGACAACAUCGGCUUCUCACUCCAGAUUGUACGCUGGUUGUCUCAGCAGAGGAAUGCUUAUGGAGGAUUCUCAUCCACUCAGGACACAGUAGUAGCAAUUCAGGCCUUAGCAGCAUAUGCCAAAUUGACCUAUUCACCAGAUUCUGUGGUAUAUGCUGAUGUCCAAGGAAAUGACUUCAGGAAAAUUUUCUUUGUCAAUGAUGUAAAUAGCUUGGUCCAGCAGGACAGUCCAGUGCCAUCUCUGCCAAACAAACUGACCAUUAAUGCCAAUGGAACUGGGUGUGCUCUUAUGCAGGCAAAUGUCCGUUAUAAUGUAUAUGAAGUGCCAGUCAAAGUGCCUGUCUUUGAUCUAGAUGUGAAUGUAAUGAGAAAACCUGGAGCCUGUAAGAGAAGGAUUCUCAGUGCUUGUGUGACAUAUAAUGGCCAAGAUGAAGAGUCAAACAUGGUAGUAAUGGAAGUGAGGAUGAUAUCUGGUUGGAUUCCAGAUAAAAAGUCUUUGAAAGAAAUGAAGAAUCAAUUUUCUCACACACUUCUUAAGAGAUAUGAGGUAGACAAGGAUGCUGUAGCCUUCUAUUUUGACUAUUUAAGCAGGGGUGUGAAGCAGUGUGUGAGGUUUCAAGUGGAACAGUACCAGGAGAUUGAGAAAACAAAAGUCAGACCAGUUAAAGUAUAUGACUAUUAUGAGAAAGAUGAGUCCAAAACUGUGUUUUACAAUAUCCGUAGAACCUGUGGAACCAAGGAAGACCUGCCAGUAUUAACUGUUGAAGAAUAUGAAAAAGAAUCCAAGGAAAAUCCAUUUGCCCAGCGAAGACUUCCUAAUCCUGCUCCACCAUUCAGACCAGAAGCUGCAAGACUUUUUAGUCUAGUUGAAGAUGUCAGGGCAGCAGAAUCAAGGGUUGACAAGCCAACUUGUCCAGCUUGCAGUAUCAGCCAAGCAGUGUCUGUUAUGAAAAUGUUCUGCAAUCAUGAAAAAGCUUACAAAAUAAGAAUCCGUAACAGUGACAAGUACCCAUUGAAAAUCAAAGCAGAUUUGCGUCCAGUGGUGAAGGAAAGACUUGACAUCUUUGCAACAUACAACAUGACUAGAUCAGACUGUUACUGUCCAUUAUUGAAAGAAAAGCAUGGUACCAGACUUCUUAUUCUGGCUAGUGGAGAACAGUUGUCUAGAGAUGGAGAAAUCAAUGGCCAUCUUGUCCUGGAUGGACGCUCUGUUGUACUUCAUCUUACUCAUGAUCUGGAGAAGAAACUGUACCGAGCCAAAAAGAGGUUAGACUGCAAGUAAUUGUCUCCUGGUCUGUUGCAGUCUUUGAAGACAUUUUUUUUAGAUUCUCCUCGGUCUAAGUAGAAUAUUACCACAGUCACAAGGAAUACAAGUUGUAGAUCAUGCACCUUUUAUGAUUACGUUUCUGCAACAAUAAUGUAAAGUACAGUAUAAAGUACAGAAUCACCAAUGCCAUAAAAUGUGAAUGAACAAAAAAGAUGUUUAAGCAUUUAUGACAGUUGUAGCAACAAAGUUUGAUUAUACAUCAGACAAUCAUUAUUGUAACUUUGAUUUCGAUAAUAUUUUAAAAAUGUUUUAUAUAAUGUUGGACUUUAAAAUUUAGUUCUAUUAUAAAAAAUUUUUGUAUAUUUUUAUUUUACAGCCAGGUACUUUUUAAAAAUGAACUUUAAAAUAUUGCUUUUUGGUUCUUUUUAUGCAUUUACUUUGAUCUUAUAGACUAAGUCCAUAAUCUGUACUGUUGCAGUUACAGUUGCCAGCAUAUAUUUGUGGAGUGGUGCUUUUAGUGUAUAAACUUUUUUAUACUUCCAGCAACUGUGUAAUUUUGGCUGGCAAGACGUAAUGAACUUUUGUGUGAAAGUUUUUUUGCAGUUUUACUGCUAAAUAAAUAAUAAAAUGAACUUUUUACAUCAAAUGGCUUUUUACAGUUUGAUUUACAACACGUACCAUAGUAGUUAGUAUACAUAUUCUUUUGGUACUAGUGCAAAGAAAUGGUGUUUGUACUGGCACUUUUGCUUUGUGAUCUGAUUGUUAAGGGGUAUAAUCAAGUUUUACUCACCUUUAAUAACAUUUGUAUUUUGGCCAAGUACAAAUGUCAAGAUAUUACUUUGUUCUAAAUACAGGGUUUGUAUUUGUGUUAACUAGUUACACCAUCUUUGUGGCAUCCAUUUAAUGCAAAGAUAAAAUUAUUGAUAAAGGCAUUUUCUCUAGGGUGAGACACAAAAGGGCGUAUAACAAAAUUAUUUUAUGAAUGUCUCAUCUUUAUGCACAUGUAGCAAUAAAUGGACUUUUUAAAGACCAUGCCUAGAACUGACAUUAAAAUCAUGGUUGAAAUGAAA